ACGUUACACGGAAGUAGUGGCGUUUGGUCUGAAAAAUAGCGGAAACAAGUUAAAGGGAAACGAGGGCUGGAUCCGCGAAAUAAGAGGAAACAUGUCUUGUUGUGCCGUUGGAUGUAAGAACAGAUAUUCAACAGCUCAUGGGCUUCAUUUUUACAGGAUACCGUCGACGAAUACGCCCAUUGAAGCAGAGCGCAGACGUUUAUGGCUGCGGGCCAUUAAACGCUCGGACUGGACCGAUGAAAUCCUCAGUCACGAAACCAUCAGCAACGCUCGUCUCUGCAGUGCUCACUUCAUAUCAGGGGAGUCCUCCACGGAUCCAGACAACCCAGACUUUGUUCCCUCAUUGUUCACCUGUAUGGAAGAAGCUUCAAAGAAAAGGGGCAGGAAGAGGAAGGGGGCGGACACAUCGAGCUCUCUCACUGCAGUUCAUGUGGAUCCAACAGACUCUGAGCGGCCUCCGGACUGUCAAGAGGAGCUUUGUACUAACACCCAGCCGGUCUCUGAGGAACUGCGCCCUUCAUUGCAGCCAUGUGACAUUAAGGUGGAACAGAGUCCCGUUCGGGAGGAAACAGAGAUCCAAGAGCACCCACGGGUCAAAGAGGAGCAGGUGGAUCAGUGCAUCAGUCCCAACGUGGAGGCUGAUACUUCCAACAAUGCUGAACUCAAACGUCCAAAAUCAGAACCAACCACUGACUGUGAUGUAAACGAAAGCAUAAAUGACAAAGGGAGUGAAAGUGAUGGUUCAUCGUCGCCUCGUCCAAGUGAUAGCGUUGAAGUCUUUGUGGAACUGGAACAACCUCCGAGAGAAGAAAAGUCUUGCCGUUUUUGUGGUAAAAGAUUUAAGAGGGACUCUCAUCUUAUUAGGCACGUAGAGAAGAGUCACAAAGGGAAGAAACCCUUCAAAUGCCUGAAGUGCAACAAGGAGUUUGAACAAAGAUACCAGCUCGUUCAGCAUAUAAGAAUUCACACAGGAGAAAGGCCCUUCAGUUGUGAUUUCUGUGACAAAACAUUUGUUCAGAACUCGAGCCGUCUUGCUCACAUGAGGGUGCAUACUGGAGAAAGACCAUAUUUUUGUGCUAAAUGUGGGAAAGGCUUUGCCACAAGCAACCAUUUCAAACUUUGCAAAGUUCAGAAUGAGUGCAAAAUCACACCAGAAAAGGGAACACGGAUGAGAAUCGCAAAGAGGAGAAAGCCUUUAAAUGCUUUGAAUGCAACAAGGAGUUUAAUCGAAAGCACCCUAGUUUUGCAUGCAAGAGUUCACACCGGUGAAAAACCCUUCAGUUGUGAUUUCUGUGGCAAAACAUUCACUCAGAACUCAAGUCGCAUCGUUCACAUGAGGGUGCACACUGGAGAGAAACCAUAUUUUUGUGAGAAGUGUGGCAAGAGUUUUGCCAGUAGCCAUCAUCUUAAAUUGUGCACAGGGACACAAAACAAAAGCACAAACAAGUCCUUUCGCUGUACAACAUGUGGCAGAACCUUUUACACAGAUUCAGACCUGAAGGUGCAUAUGAAGGUUCACGAGUCGUGGAAACGACACAUCAGCGAGAAACUGCAAGGGCGGGAGAUAGAAGAGAAAAAGCUUAAAGUGGUAUGACAGGACAUCAGAUACUUUCUUCUAAAAUUAUAAGAAUAAAACAUGCAUCCAGUCAUUAGGAACGGCCUUAUAUUUGUAAAUUUGCUGCAAUAUAGCUGAAUAAGAAACUGUAUUCAUCAGUUUAUGUGGAUACAAUUAAAAAAAUUUGUGUUUUAUCAGUUAUGAUUUGACUACUGAUUCCUUUUAUGUAAAGUCCUCUGAAUUGCCUUGCUGUGGAAAUGUACUAUACAAAUAAACUUGCCUUGACAUACUA